AUGUCGAGGCUGCAUCAAAAGCUAAAUCUUGUUAGUAAGAAAUUGAGGGACUGGUCCAGGACCACUAUAGGAAAUGUUUUUGACCAUGUUAAGAAAUGGGAGGAUAAAGUUCAAGUCCUGGAAGACUUGGAACUGUUUGAUAACGGUGGUCAAGACAGAGAAGACCUCAACAGGACCCAUGUUGAGUACAUUAGAUGGAAAGCUAUGCAAGAUUCUAUACUUAAGAAAAAAUCACAAAUGAAGUGGUUUGAAGAAGGAGAAAGUAACACUAGAUACGUUCAUAGUGUCAUCAGGGAUAAAAGAAGAAGACUCCAUAUUCAUAGAAUAAAAAAUAGUAAAGAUAAAUGGAUCCAUAGUGAGGACAAGAUUUGUAAUUCUGCUGUAAGACAUUUCAAGAGGCUCUUUAGUAGCCAAAACAAGGAUGUCGAUCAUGAUUUACUUAAGGUUAUUCCAAAGAUCAUCACAGAGGAAGACAAUGAGAUGUUUUACACCAUGCCAGAAGAAGAAGAAAUCAAUGGUGAUAUUUUUAGCAUGAGUCCUACAAGUUCAGCAAGUCCUGAUGGAUACUCUGGAAGAUUGUUUUCCAAAAAUCUUGGCAAAUCAUCAAAAGGGAAGUUAUUGAAUUUGUCCAUGAAUGUUUUAAUGGCAGUUUAA